AUGAGGACCCAUAUUCUGUCCCCAGUGACGGCGUUCCUCCUCUGGGCUUCGUGUUCGAGUUUUCCCCCUACUUACUGCACCGUAGUGUGUCCAAAUCACGGUCCGUCCGCCCCAGAGUCCCCUGUUCUGGAGUCCUUGGAAUGUCGUAACGACUACCUGACACAUAUCCGCUGUAGCUGGACAGAAGUCCCUGGUCUUCCUCUUUCUCUUUUUCACCUGGACCCGGAUGAGCACAGAGUGUCAGCCUGCGUCCCCGUGUCUACCGGUCCUCCGACGGCCCACAAUGCAUCAGGACAGAAGCGAUCCCAGUGUCGAUACAACACUUCGCUGUUCGCCAUCGGCUUCGACGACGUGUUCUUUUUCCACACGCCACACGCUCAGGGCCUUUCAGGAACCUUUAACCUCACACAGCACGGAAACAUCACAGAAGACUGGACACACAUUUGGCUUGUCUCUAAACUCUCCACACCAGCCGGGACUCAGUCCAUGACCUUUAACCUGAGAGCUUCACAUCGGAUUUCUGUUGAACUGAGGGAGGACGACAGGAGGAGUCUGAACAUGAUGCAGAAGAGAAGAAUAGACAAUGGAUUGAAUAACAUAAGUUCUACAGGUGCCCCCCCUGGCCCUUUUAACCUGCAGUGUGUGUAUGAUGGAGAGCGUGAGGUGAAGUGCAAGUGGCAGAUGAUGAGAGAACUGGCACAGUACGUCGUCUACGACCUGUCCUAUCGCACACGGCUUAACGCAACGUCUGAGUUGUGUUGUGCAGGAUUAGAUGGCCAUGAUGAUGAUGAUGAUGAUGAUGCUACCAUGAGGUUCUCCUGUUCAUUCUCUGUACCUGAAGCUGAAACGCUGCUGUUGGCUCUCCGUCCAGAAUCAAGGACCAAAGUCUUCCAGGCGCACCGCCGCAUUGAGCCUGCGGCUCCAGCGGACAUGCGUGUUGAGUUGAUUGGAGACGACUGGGUCCUGAACUGGACUCUUCCUAAAUAUCGAACAGUCCCAAUAAACUCUGAGCUCAGAUACUGGAACAUCAACUCACCUGAGUUAGCAGAGACGCUCAGUCUCCCGCCGGGUGUGAGUGUGUGUGUCAUGGCGGAAGGUUCUCUGCGUUCUUCCAGCCGUUACCUAGCUCAGGUGCGCUGUAGAGUGAGCCCGAGGAGGGGUCGAGGGUCACGGUACGCCGGCUAUCCUUCAGACUGGACCAAACCAGUUUACUGGACCACACGCCCGGCUCCAGCAUCAGCUUCAGCCUGGGUGUAUUUCCUCUUGUCAGCGAGUGUGUCUGUGGCCCUCAUACUUAUGUACUUCAUUUUGCUGGCCUUUCACAGGAGGUUGAGAGUCUGGGAUGCGUCUCUUCCCUCUCCUUUCCAGAGUAAACUGAUGGACGCCGUUUGCCAGGUCCAUGCUGAGGGGCUGCCCUUCUACACAGAGAUGGGUGAUCUGUGUCUGAGCCGAGUGUGUGUCCUGGAGAACAUACAGCUGAAUCUCCACACAAUUGAUCAGGAACAUGAUGAUGUCACUCAGCUCCACGCUGCCUAUUGCAAUGGACCAAACCACUACGCUUCCCAAGAGGGGAGCGCUGUGCCUGAUUUCACAACACAGAUGUGGCACUGUCCUUCUUUUCCAGCAUGUUCUUCUGAACACACGGGAUUUGAAGUCUUAUUCUGCGAUGGCAGAUUUGCCCACCUCGCCUCCGCUUCCCAUAAUGCACUUCAGCCGUGCUCAGAGGGAUACCAGUGGAACCCUGUGUCCAGUCGUGACUCUUCUUCUCCAGAUGUUUAAUUUGAUGGAAUUAAGACUUGUUUUUAAUGAUUUGAGUUACGAACAUCUCCUUUUCCAGUCCUUCUCUUGUAGUCCUCUUUGUAGUACAAAUCCCGAUUUUUUUAUUAGUUUAUUUUACUAGAUUUUUUACUAUAGCAAGAACGCUGUUUUAUUUCCACAGUGUCAAACUACACUUUAGUUAGCAGGCUACAAAUUACAUUUCCAGCUCCAAUGCUUUUUAUGCUACACUGUUAAUGAUGAAAGUAUAUAAAUCAGUAUGUAAAUAAUAAUGAUAGAUGGAAUAUCCAGUUCCUGGGAGGUUUUUCCAUCAUGUUCAACUCCGGCCUCCAAAAAAGAUCCACCACUAGCUGCACUACUAGCUGAGUGGGAUUGCACAGUGAUGCGCAACCCGUGGCUCAUAGCAUUCUUUCAUACAGUGCUAGUCAAAGCCGAAUUCACUCGUGAUUUUAUUGAAAUUUUAUCUAGCUUUAAAGGACAAUGAAAAUAACUGCGGGAGGAAUUUCGUUAGUGAGUGGGCAGUAGUGGAGCUAAAAAACAGUCUUGUGUACACCUCUACACUUCAUACAAAGUGAUACCGCUCCAUUACAGGAAAAAAAAACAAAAACAAAAACCAAACAGCUUUUCCGGGUGUAGUUUUGUGCAGAUAAUCGUUUAAUUAAAUAAUUUUCGGAUGAACUAACUACAUUUACCUGCUUUUCUUUACCGUCCGUUACCAUAAAACUCAACUGCUUUACUCGUAACUAAUUAGCUUGUUAGAUGACUAGCACAUUAACUAAUUAGCAUGCUAGGAGCAAAAACGAUUAAUGCCACACACAGUGUUUCAUUCCUCAUUUAUUAGAGUUUUAGUGAUGUUUUUAAGCUGAAUGUAGGAAACAUUAAAAUUUCUCUCUCACAAUGUGCAGAUAUUAGAACGGUCUUAUCAUUUGAACACUGAAUCUGGCCGUGAAAGUUCCGAGAGGAAAUUAGGGAAAUAGUCCUGACGUCCACUAGAGAGCAGCACAACACUGUGUUAGUUAUCACUGAGCCAAAGAGAACUGCAAGUGUUCAUUCCUGGAGUGUGUGAGAAAAAGUUCUGAACACUGUGACCAGACAAUUAGACAAAUAAAGGAAUUAAUUACUCUAAAUACAAAUCUAUCUAUCUCUCUCUCUCACACACACACAUACACACACACAUACACACACAGAGAAAGUCAU